GUGUUGUUGUGUGAGCAGUGGGAGGGUCAGUGGGGCUGAUGAUGUCAGUGCUGAGGGUUCAGCUGGACUGAAUAACUGACUGAGUGACCGCUGGAGCUGGUCUGCCGGAUCACUGCAGGAGCCGCUGAGUUUCCAGCGCAAGGAAGUAUUGAGUGUGGAAUAUUCUGGUCACUCCUCUGAAAUAUCGGUCACAACUGUUGAAUCCAUCAGAAAAGACACAUUCAUAGCAAACCACACAUCUGAACAUGAGGAGCAUCGCAUGUUUCGUAGCUGUUCUUCUGUGUCUGAGAACUGCAGCUUCAGAUUCCAGUGCAAUCUGUGAGCUGAAGGAUGUACCCGGAAACAGCAAUGAUUGGAUCGUACUGCAGGAAGUGCCUCUGGGAUGCUGGACGAACUUCACCAGUUUGGACGGGAAAGAAGUCCACAUCCUCAAGCUGCUGGCCUCUUCUGGAAGAUUCUCAAUGUUAGAACUCAACGUAACUACGGCAAACCCAUCAGUGGUGAUCUUUACCUCCAGCAGCGCACACACCAUCCUGGUUCAAGACAAUCCCGCAGUAAACAUCUACGUUACAAAUGGGACCUCAAUAACGUUUAUGCUGCCAACUGCAAAACGUCCACAAACAAGUGUUGCCCCGUUCGCAAAUAGCGAUUCUGAGCUUCUGAAAUGGGCAGCAGAGACAUUUGGUGGAGUCACGUCCUUCACCACAGUACAAGAUCCCAAGACCAUCACUUUCACUGGAAUAAAGGGAACACAGAGACCCUCAACGUGUGACCUGCAGGCAGAAACAUCAGCAGAUAAACCGUUCAUUGAGCUGCACCAGGGAUCUCUAGAUGAUGGGCUCAAAUCAUGUUACACAAAGCAGUCUGGAGAACCGGUGCAUGUGAUCAAUAUUCCUGAUGAUGUUAAAAUAAGGCAUGUUUAUGUACAUUUACCAUCCAAGUCUAAUGUGCUCCUAAGAGGUCCGGCAGACACUGAGUGGACAAUCCUGGACAAUCACGAUUUUAAAUUUGUGUCUAACAAUCCUGUAACCUUACGUGGACUGACUUUGCCCUCGAGGUACACAAUCUCAGAUGACCCUAGAGAAAUCAAGAAGAAGGUGUUGUUUCGCUACAACAGCUCCAUCACCAGCUACUCUGAGAUCCGUGUGAACGUGUCACACAUCCAGCUGUGGAUCAGGGACAUCACAGACUCUAAUGAUCUGCUGGUACCAGCAGAAGUGCAGCCCACAACACAAGCACCCAGUUCUUCAUCUUAUCUUCAGAUGCAGCUGUUCUCAUCUCCAGACUACGGGUCACCUCUGGAUCCCAGCAGCAAAGUUCAAAGUGACAAGAGGGUCUAUGCAGAGAUCUCAAGUGAGAGCUUUGGAGGCGUUUCGUUAACCAUUAGGGUCAUCAGCUGUUUGGUUCGCUCCGUGCCAGUGGUGAGGGACAUGCCAUUCAAAGAGGAGGUGUGCUACAUUGACGACUGUCCCAAGAGACUCAGCUUCUCCUUCGAGAUGCUUCAGGACUUGCCAUCCAACUCGUGGGACCUCGAAUGUGCGGUUAAACUUUGUCAUGACCGUGUAAAGUUUUGUACAAACGAAACACAAGUCAAGAGGAAUGUGCAGCUCAAGCCAUAUAUCCCAAACCAAAAUCCGUGUUUUGAGUUCGGACUCUCGGCUGUUCUGGGAAUUGCGUUUGGAGGAUUUCUGAUCGGAGUUCUCCUCACUGGCGCUUUAUGGUUCAUUAAGAUACGCACAGGGCAUCCUGUGGCUCUGGGAAUGAGAUCAACGGCGGCCGAGCUCUCAGUCCUCUCUAUAUCCGGAUGCCCGUGUGGUCUGACCAAACGGCAGCCAGUGCCCACCCACCCGUCUCCGUCUGAGAACAGCAGUGCCAACGCCAGCAUUGGCAGCACCCAGAGCACGCCCACCAGCAGCAUGGCAUAACGCCGUCGCCAUGCGUCCCUUCGCUCCUAAUGCUCUAUCCCUCUCGAAGCCAUCUCGCUCCACACGUCCCAUCGUCCCGAGCGAGAGAAAAAGAGAGGCGGUAGCAGUCCUGAAACGUUCCCUGUACCUCACAAUACUCCAUUCGCUCACCCGGCUACGGGAAGUCAGUGGGGACUAAGAACAAAAAAAGAAAAAGCUUGGCUCCCAAAGACAGGAAAAACAAUGCAUAACCCCCAGGAACUAACAGGAAAUUCGUCGCAUUCUUGCGCCGGUGCCUCUCUGAUGGAGGCGAAAUAAGAUUUCACAGACAAACAGCGGUCUGACGCAUCAGUUCGCUUUCAGACAUGGCUAAAUGCGGCUCAAAGAGACGAGCGAACAAACGUCAGACUGCCUCCAAUUACUCAGCCAAGGACUGACAAGAUGAAACAUUCCAACAAAUCAAACUAUUGGACAUGAGCAUAAAAGGAAACACAUUUUUAUUUUUAGAGUUCUUACUGAAAAGGCUGUCCCACAUGGGACAGAUUGGGAAAUGGCUACCUCGGAGUCUCUGUGGAUGUAGAUUUGUUAAGUAUUUGUUUGACCAUAACUAGAAACAGUGGCUGAAUCUCAUGAAAAAUGUCAAUUCUGUUUAACCCCCCAAAUCAAUAGAAAGAUAAAAAAAAAGACAAAAGCGAAUUUUGUAGGACUGUUUCAGGACCUUUUUUGCAAUGUGACAUUUUCUUCCAAUCUCACUGUUAUUGCUGAUAUGUUUGGAAAAAAAAAAUAAUAAUAAUAAAAUAAAUAGAUGUGUGUGUGUGUAUAUCCUAAAAAAGGAUUGAUUUUCUAUAUUCAAAAUGUCUUCUUUUAAUUAUGGGGUGAAAUACGACAAAAACAUUUUUUCAUGAGAUUCAUUUAUUUUUAUUUUUAUUUUAGUUUUUUUUUUUUUAAUUUUGUAACUUUGUUGUCAUUGAGUGACAAAUAUAUUUUAUUAAUUACUUAGGUAAUUGAGUAAUUUUGAAGAGAUUGUUUGUGUGUGUGUCUCUGUUAUGUAAAUGCUUUAAUCAGUGAAUUCAGUCAUAACUUUGUAGUUUUCGUAAUUGAUAACCCAUCUAAUUUUUUUUUUUUUUUAACAAAUUGAAUGUUGGAAGUAGAAGAAAAACGUGUCCAGUAAAAAAAGAGUCCGACAAAACCAAAACUCUCUUAUGAUGUAGCUUAUUUUACAACAGUAUACUGUAUACUACACAUUGCAUGUGUAUUUAUUCAUAUAUUUGUACAGUAGAUUACAUUUAUUUGUCUGUUUAUAUGAAAAAAAAAAAGCAACUGAUAAUAUAAAGUGGGUCAAAAAUGGAAGGGUGUAUCCUCAGUAACCAUCAUGUCAUUCCAAGCUUGUAUGACUUUCUUUCAUCUGUGGAUCACAAAAGGAGAUGCUUAGCACAAUGUUCACACUGCUCUUUUCCAUACAGUGUACGCAGACAGUGAGACAGGAGCUGUCAGCCUCUCAAGAGGACAAAAACACCAUAAAAGUAUUAAUUAUAACCACAUCCCAAGUCUUUUGAAGCCAUUAGAUUAGAAACAGAGCCAAGUUGAAAUUAUUUUUAAGACAGAGAGGAGUAUUUUCAGUGUGCAACAGCUUAAAUUGGGGUGUAUUGCUGAAGUGUGUAUGAAGCGUACUGCUGUGAACUGUUCCUUUAACAUCAGGUGGAUGUGAAAAGCAGAAAAAUGCCACUUGAGCAUUUGUGCAAUAUCUUUGGUAUUACUUUAUGUUCAUAUAAUUGUUUGUGUCUGUAUAUUACAUUUUUAUACUGCAACUGUAUAUUAACUCAGCAUUAGUACUGCAUUUUCUGUUUUUUUUUCUAGAAUGAUUCCAUUUAAAGCACUUACAGUAUGGUCAUAAUCUAACGUCAUAUUUCUUCUGUUCUCCGCAUUCUGAAGAAUCAUUUUAACCCGGUUGGACAUACUUUAAAUUAAAUGAUGAAACAAUG